CCCACUCAGCUUGCAGUAUUCGAAGCGAGGCGACUUACAGUUCAGUGAAUAAAUUGUUGUUACAAAAAUCUCGCAACAGUAAAGGCGGUUUUCGUUGGAGUGAGGGGAAAGAUUCACGCAUUCGCUUACUGUUUACCACAGUCGUUUUCGAACAAUUGCUUUCACUAUUUUCAUGUUCACCCGAGGUUUCGUAGAAACCGAAACAGGAUCAUAUACGAACAAGUUUGUUGCCAAUCGAUUGUGUAGCAACUGUUGUCAAAAUGCCGGAUUUUCACCUUGAUUUUAACGAUGAAACAGAUGGACAUGGGAUUGAGAGAGAACUUGAGAUCAACCGAUCGGUGUACAAUGAAAUCCAAUUCUCGAAAAAAUUUUUGAAGGCGAAGAAAGAAACCAGCCUAAGGAGUAAGGUCCGCGAAUACACGUCGAAAUUGCAGGUAACACGAAAGAGGCUAGCCAUUUUUAUUUUGUCGCUUGUACCAGUGCUAAACUGGCUGCCGAAGUAUAGUUACAAAAGAGAUCUUGUCAGAGAUAUGGCCAGUGGCCUGACCGUUGGAAUAAUGCAGAUACCUCAAGGAAUGGCCUAUGCAAUGCUCACUUCACUCCCACCAAUCUAUGGACUAUAUGUGUCAUUCGUUCCUGUGCUUGUGUAUUUUAUAUUUGGCACGUCACGUCAUAUUUCACUUGGUACAUUUGCAGUCGUGUGUUUAAUGAAUGGAGAGGCAAUUCAGAUGAUGACAGAUAAAUAUGAAGCAAGCAUCAAGCUACCUAAUGUUGGAAGUAAUAUUUCGUCCAAUGCAACUGAUGACUUAGUUGAGGCCUACAGAGUGGAGGUCGCUGUCAGUUUAUCACUACUCGUUGGUUUGCUACAGAUAUUUCUUGGCAUCGUUCAGCUAGGAUUUGUAACAAUGUACUUAUCCGACCCACUUGUGAGUGGUUUUACAACCGGGGCUGCAUUUCAUAUUCUAAGCAGCCAAGUGAGACAUUUUCUUGGACUUACAGUGCCAAGAGGAACAAGCAGUGGCAUUUUCGGUUUAUUCAAACUAUAUUACUAUUUCUUUACACAUUUGGGAGAUGUGAAUGUGAGUGCAUUGAUAACUGGUAUCACAUGUGCCAUUUUGCUGUACAUUUUGAAGUAUCUAAAUCAGCGGUACCAAUUCAAAUUUCCCAUACCAGCAGAACUGAUCGUGGUUAUCCUUGGUGCUGGUAUUUCCUAUGGUGCCAAGUUUAACGAAAACUUUGGAACACCGAUCUUAAAACGUGUGCCCAAAGGGCUGCCCGCACUGACAGUGCCAUCCUUCUCGAUUAUUCAGCAAAUUCUAGGAGAGGGCUUCACAAUAGCAAUUGUUUCAUUUGCAAUUAACGUGUCUUUAGCAAAAUCAUUUGCCAAGAAGAACAAUUAUCAAAUUGACACAAACCAGGAAUUGUUUGCAUAUGGCCUUUCAAACUCAGUUUCGGCUUUCUUUUCCUGCUUUCCAUCCGCUGCCUCUCUCUCGCGGUCAUUAAUUCAAGAAUCUUUGGGCAGCACUCAGGUGACCAGCCUCAUUUCCGUGGCCCUGAUGCUUCUUGUGCUGCUUGCACUGGCGCCUCUUUUUCGGCCACUUCCGAAUGCAGUUCUAGCGGCCAUUGUCCUUGUAGCACUGAAAGGCUCAUUCAGACAAUUCAAAGUUCUGAAGCGUCUUUGGAAAAUUUCAAAAGUUGAUGCUUUCAUAUGGUUUGCAAGCUUCUUAGCUGUUGUGUGCCUUGGAGUCGAUUAUGGCCUAGCCACCGGAUUGGUUUUAACACUAUUAACAGUUGUUGCAAGGACAUCCAGGCCAUCACUUUUGGUUCUUGGACGCAUACCAGGAAGUGAAAUUUACAAACCUGUUAUUCAGUAUAACGUAAAGGAAAUUCCAGGCGUAAAAAUCCUUCAGUAUACUUCGUCGCUCUACUAUGCCAACACAGAACACUUCAUGAACUUGGUGUUUCAGCAAGUUCCCCGUAGUCUUGAAACCGCAGAGGAAGAUUGCAAAACCAAAGAAUUUAGUAGAAAUGGAAUAGAGAAUAAAGCAGUCAUGUUUGACCUGGAUGAUUCAUGCUCAGUUGCCUACAACUUAGAAAGCCGUGACAAACCAGAUAUACUCAAUACAUUGCCAUCGACAAAGUUAAGCGUCACAGUUAAAAGGACAAAGAGUUUGCCUACUUCUCUUCCAACAUACAAGGUAUCCCGUAGUGUCAACUCACGUCUUGACAGUGACGAGUCGGUUCAUAGUAUUGUUAUCGACUGCUCUUUAUACAGCUACAUCGACACAAUGGGAGUUUCGACACUUGGGAGUAUUGUCAUGGAUUUUAAAAAGACGAACGUUGAAGUUUAUCUCGCGAGUUGUUCUGAAAAUGUUUUAUCGAUGCUUGAUGUGACGGGGUUUUUCGCAACUCAUGGAAGACAACGAGCGUUCGUCACUGUUCAUGAUGCUGUUUUACACUGCUUAGCAAGUAGAAUCCUUCAAAGUAGAAUUAGUGCGAUUUUCACAGAAGAAAAGGAGACGAGAGACGACCAGUCUGAUGCAACCGAUGAAAGUGAAUCAGAAGAUAUUGAAAACAAUAAACAUUCAGAUUAGUCAAUUACCGUGUCAUGAUGUUUGUGGUUACUAUACGAACUUGACUUUUCAUUAACAAUUUGACACUGUAAAAGUAGUUAUUUAACUUAAUAACCAAUGCAUUAUUUGUUGUUAUGGAUGUUUUGAAAAUUAGAUUUUCAUGCAGUAAUAUUUCAGACACUUUUAAUAGUCACCAGUAAAAGCUCGGGGGAGUUUCUUGACGAAGACAUUACUUCGGAAUAUGAGUAUUUUUUGUUUUACUGCUUUCAGAGAAUAAAAACCUAAGCCUCCUCUAAUUUUAAAUGCUUCUUUAGCAUUUCAAAAAUAUUCCGUAGGGUGAUUUAUUUCCGUAAGUCAUUUCAGGUUCUUAGGGCCAGGAUAUUUUUUGUAUGACUCAUAAAAGUAUUUGGUAAGUUUGAUGUGAAAUCACUUCAAUAAAUUUAUUCAACAGUUUAAUGAUGUGCUAUCUCUGCACAUUAUGAAGCAGUGAUUUUGCAUUAAAAAUAGAUUUAGAUAGAAAAUUUGAAUUUCUAUCUCUCUAUUUCAAAUAUUUGUAUAAAAAUUUGAAUUUAAAAUCGUAGUAAGAGAGUAAUUUUUAUAUGUACUAAUUUACUUUCAACAUAUAGUUAUUAUCGGGAUUUGUCAGUAGGGUUUUAUGACGUUAACUAAAUCUUUUAUAAUUGUGUUUAAAGGCUCAGAUGAAAGUAAAUCAAUUCGUUUUGAGAUUAUAGAUUACAGAUUUCUAACAAAAUACUGAUUCAUUUUUUUGCUUUUUCUUCUUAUUUGAGAAUUUUAAAAUGCUAUACUGACACUGCAAACCUUUCCAAUCAUCUCCCCUAUCUUCGUUCUUAAUGACAGAAAGAUAUCACGAACU